AUGGACGCAACGGCGAGCAGAAGGAUGCAGGAUCUUCCUCCGAAAGGAGGCUACGCUCCCAUCCAAACGGCAAGAAUUAAACUACGUAGCGUUAUCGGCGCGAAAAGCAUAUUCGGGUUCUUCUUCGCUUCCACGUGUAUCGGAUGGUACGGGUACUACCUAACGCAUUUGAAGGUUAGACGAGACCAGAUUGAAAUGAGAAGUGCACGCAAUGCCAUAAUGCCAGCGUUGUUAGCGGAACAGGAUAGAGCAAUCCUGAUUCAUAUGAGACGUAACCGAGAUAUGGAGACGGAAUUAAUGAAGAACGUGGAGGGAUGGGAAGUUGGCAAGUACUACGGAGAACCGAUAUUUUUCUUGGACGAGGAAGACCAAUGGAGGGACCCCAUAUACUACGAAUAUUUCGCGCAUGUUUCACCAAACAUACUCGAUGCACGUACUCUACGCCAUCUGAUCACAUAAGAUACUCAGUGUUUGGGAUUUGUGCAGGUUGUGACCAUCUGAUGACAUUGUAAACAUAUUAAAACACCCUGCGAAGGUAGUCUAUUCAUAAUGAUGAAAAGUGUAAUUGUUCCGCGUCGUAAAUUAUUGAGAGUAACAUUCUGGAUCUAUGAGAAUCAGAAUAAAACUACUAUGUAACGUU